CAUAACUGAUGGAAAUUAUUUAAAGGAGUGUUUCUUUCGUAUUCUGAUGAGUUUAGAGUUUUAAGGGGUUGUAAAUUUUCCGAUUUUUUUACUAAUUUGAUCAAUGAAUAAUAUUUUACUUGUACAGUAGUUUUAUUGCAUUGUUGUCAGUAGUUAGGUUUCAGUACAUUAGGCAUGCAACCAGCAAGUUUAGGUAGUUAUAAAUAUAUCAAACAACAGCUGUUGCGUCAGAAAUAUUUCUUAAAGGUGCAUGUUUCCAGUGUGAUCCUUUGAUUGUUUCUGUAAAACCUAGCGCUCAACGUAAAGAGAAGAAGAUUAAAUAUUCUUGACGUAAACUAAAAUUCUAUAAAUAAUUGGUGAUUUUUUUGGGACAGAGUGUCUGGAAAGUUUACUUUAUUAAUCAUAUUUUACCAUUCAACCUGAAAAGCUUUAGCAUAUAAAAGAAUGUGAUACAGAAAAUAGAAAUAGAUCUAGAUCUUGGUUGAAGAUUCUGCUGGCAGAUGCGUUUGGCUGAUAAUACAGUGUGUGUAUAGCGGUGCUGGAAUUUGUCUGUGAAUGUUUUCACACUAUAAUACAUAGAGUUAGUGAGGGAUAUAGGAUUAUUAGGCAAACUAUCUGAGAGUGUGUGUAGGAGUAGCAGAAAAAAAAAUCAUGAUUCCAGACAAAAAGGAAGCUUUUGUAACUUUAGCAACGAAUGACACAUAUUCACUAGGAUGUCUAGUGCUAGGAAAUUCAUUACGACGGGUCAAGACAACUCGACAGUUGGUUGUUAUGGUUUCAGUAGGAGUUUCAAAUCCAAUGAGGUCACAGUUAGCACAAGUGUUUGAUGUUAUACAGGAAGUAGAUGUAUUAGACAGCAAUGAUCCUAUAAACCUUUCGUUGCUAGGGAGACCAGACCUAAAUGUCACCUUCACAAAACUACACUGUUGGAGACUUACACAGUUUGAUAAAGCAGUUUUCUUAGAUGCUGACACUCUGGUAUUACAGAAUGUAGAUGAAUUAUUUGACCGAGAAGAACUUUCAGCUGCACCAGAUGCUGGUUGGCCUGAUUGCUUCAACUCGGGAGUGUUUGUUUUCAAACCAUCCUUAGAAACAUACCAGUCACUGCUAGAGUUUGCAACAUCACAAGGCAGCUUUGAUGGUGGUGAUCAGGGUCUACUCAAUAUGUACUUCAAGAAUUGGGCGACAGAAGACAUAUCAAAACACCUGCCUUUCAUAUAUAAUGUAGUAUCACAGGCUUUCUACAGCUAUCUUCCAGCGUUCACUCAAUUUAAAGACAGAGUAAAGAUUGUUCACUUCAUUGGUGCUGUCAAACCUUGGCAUCAUACAUUCGACACAAGCACGAGAACUGUACAACCAUUGCCAGGUACCGGCCACAGCCAGGAAUUCCUUCAAGUCUGGUGGAACAUUUUCAUGGACAUGGUCCAGCCCAAUCUAGAUCCCUCAUUGAGAGAGGAAUUAACCAUGGCACUUUUCGCUCCAUGGCCACCUCCUGUACGAGAUGAGCCUGAACAUAGCAAUGGAGAUAGUGCGUCACAUGAGAAUGUAGAACACAAGCCGCCAGUUGUGGAAGAGACUAUUCCCGUAGUUUUUCCAUAUAAACCUCCUGAUGUCGGCAAUUUGUUCUAUGAAGUAGAUAAGGAUGAUUCUGAAUGUAAUGGAACUGAAAAAAUUCUUGAAGAAGAAAAAAUUGUUGAAAUGACUGUCAUUCCAAGAAGUUAUUCAGAAUUAGAAUCGCAUUAUGCAGAGGAACCAAUUUCACACAUUAACCCUUCAAAACCUCCGCCAGGAACAUUCAGUGCUCCGUGGAUCACUGAGGGAUGGGAGAAAGGAAUGAAAGGACCAGAUCCCAAACCCCCAGAUUUCACAGUCACACACAAAAUUGAAGAAUCUAAAUCAGAAGCAUUAAAAACUAAUUCAGAGCCAGAAUCAAAAGAAAACAGUAUUAAUGAAACUGAGAAGUAUACCUCUUCUAGUCCAACAAAUAAUGAAGAAGAAAACUCUUCUAUUGGUCUUGCUGGAGAACUAGCCACAAUGACAGUCCAUGGUGCUCCCUCUCCAGCCACGCCACUCUCUGAUGCACAGCGGAAACUUAAUUGGGAAAGAGGUCAGAUAGACUACCUUGGUCAAGAUUCUUUCGAGAACAUUCAGAAAAAGAUUGAUGAGACUCUAAAUACAAGUGAACCAGCCCCGACUCCUGUAACCAUGGCAAGUCCUUUCACUCCAAAGUCAGCGACAAAUUCUAAGCCCAGACCAGAAGCUACAUCAGAAAUAAAGCCAGAGGUGUCAUCAACAGCAGCUGAAGAACUACCGCCUCCAAUUAAACAGCCAGUUAAAAAAGAAGCUCCACAGGUAAAGCCUACUGUCCCAGCCCCACAGGCAAAGUCUGCUGCCCCAGCCCCACAACCAAAGCCUGUUGCCCCAGCCCCACAGGCAAAGUCUGUUGCCCCAGCACCACUGGCAAAGCCUGCUGCACCAGCCCCACAGUCAAAGUUUGUUGCCCCAACCCCACAGGUAAAGCCUGUUGCCCCAGCCCCACAGGCAAAGCCUGUUGCCCCAGCCCCACAACCAAAGCCUGCUGCACCAGCCCCACAACCAAAGCCAUCUGCACCAGUUACACAGCCAAAGCCCUCUGUAUCAGCAACACAGCCAAAGUCGGUACCAGCAACACAGCCAAAGUCGGUACCAGCAACGCAGCCCACAGCUCAACCAAAGGUGACUCCAGUAAGGCCUCUAGUAAGGCCACAAACAACCUCCACUGCCCAGUCUAAUGUGGGUGCCACAGCAGCAUCUAGAGCCCCUGCACCUAGUGUACAGUCUAGGUUUGGUGCGACAACAGGAACCGCUAGGCCUGCUGCACCCACACAGCCAGCAACAAAAACGACUGGCUUAAAUAUUCAAACCUCAUCUAAAAAGAAAUGAGGCCAGUAUAAUCAUGUUAAGUUCAAUCAGUUGUUGACAAUUUGAAGAAAAAAGCUGUUGCCAUAGUUUUAAGGACUUGGAUACACUGUUAAAUGAUAUGUUAAUGAGUUAUAUAGCAGCUUAUGAGAUUAGGAUGUAAAAUGUAUCAAGUAAAGAUUAAUCGAGGGCUGGUCAAGUAGUUCAAGGAAUUUUUGUACAGGCGUAUACGAAAAUUAUUUUGAUUGGUUAUUUUAUUUCGUUUCAGUCUUCAUAAGUCUUGCAACCUUGAAUUUUCACUGCAGUUACCAAAGAGUAGGUAUUUGAAGCAACAUCGUAUAUAUAUCUAGCUAUAGCUACCUCAUGCCAAAAUACACAUACAAUCUUUCUAUCCUUAUAUGCAUAUUGGAUGAUUUCAGAGAAUUCUCUCUUGAACCUGCUGACCAUACCUUAUAGAAUGACCAGGACUUAAUAGUUUGCAUGACUAGAAAUGAUCAAAUCUUCUUUGUUAAAGACCUGUGUAGUGAGUUUUGUAUAGAUGAAUACUUAUUUCUCUGACUUUUAUGACCUUACUUAUACAUUUGAAUCCUUGGAACAGUUUAUUUUAAUGCUUUAAAGUUCUUGCAUUAAUUAAUUCACAUUAUAUAAAAAAAAAUUCAUGUGACAAUUAAUUCCAUGUUAGUAAAAAUUCAUAUAACUGGUAUUUCCAGUUUAUUUCAAUUUACUUUAUAAUUACAAUUAAUUAGAAUGCAGCAGACGUUUAAUGCGGACAUACUUAUGCCGUCAAAUAGCAGGAUUUCAGAGUUUCUGACUUUGCAACAAACUGUUAUAUAUUGCUUGAUGUUGAACUACAGUUCUGUACAGACACUGAGGAUAAUGAUAGGCUAGGGGACUGAAUAUUUUCUUGAUCAUGAAUUCGAUUUCAGUGUGAAAUAUUGUCUAUAUUUAUUGUCUGGCUUAUUUGAUCAAUAUUUUGACUUACCAUCGCUUCUCUUGUUGGCAUUAAAAUCCUCUGCCUGCUACCUCAGAUAUCCUUCUGGUAUACAUGUCUCUCCAUUCACUCAUUUCACAUGUUGAUGUGAUUGUGGUACCUACAUGAAUUACCUGCUAAAUGAGUGCUCCUUUUCUUCUUUACGACUUAGAUGCACUGUCAAUUUUCACGCUUAAAACAUUCUUGACAGUCAAAUUUACCAAGUUUGUGUACAGUACAUGAAUAAUUUGUCAGUAAAAAAAAUAGUAUUUUUUCUUUAGGAUAUUAUUUGAAGUAGGGUAUUAAAUUUUCUGAUAUAUUUCGAAAUUUAUGAAAUAAUUUUUGUCACUUAAUUAAAGAAAUGCUACAGUAUAUUUUAUUUAUGUAGUAAAUGACGUCUAAAUAGACACGAGGGGAUAAGAUGCUUGCCGUUAAAGUCAAAGUGAAUUCACACACACUUUAAGUCACAGUUGUGUCUACCAUCACCGAGGUAAUGGACAAUUUAAUCAAUGGUGUCAGUUCCCAGCUUGGUUACAGAUUAAUUUCAAUGCUUAAUGUUAUGUUUUAAGAAUUCUUCCAUCAGUGGUUAGCUUCCCAGGCAAUAUUUGCAUGUAUAAUAUACAUUUAAAAGAAAUAAAAUUCCUUUAGACUUUAGUGUAUGAAAAUUUUAGUAUUUUCAGUGCGAGAUAUCAAAUAUCAAACAGUAUUUUGCCGAUUUACUGCAUAAUGUUUGUUUCAUUGGUAUGUCCAGUUCUAGAAAAUGAUAUGCUAGUCAUAGAAUAUGUAUACAAUUUUGCUGUUUAAAACUUGUUAAGAUUUGCUUGAUUUGGUGCAGAUGUUGUUGUUUUUUUUCUUUACAAAAUUUGCCUUUUACUAAAAUUUAUCAUUUUUUAAUAAUUUGCCAUAAUAAGCAGAAGUGCUAUUUUUCUUGCUAUAAUGAUCUUUUAUAUUGUUGUAGUUGUUGUGUAUGUAUACAUCUAUUUGCUAUCUUUUAUCUUGUAUUAGGACUUAUUGUUAUUUGGCUUAUUUGAAAACAUCUAUUUUAUUUUUGAACUUUCUAUAUAAAACCUUCCAAUUUGCUUAUCUUUAGCUGGUUCAAAGUUUUAAAAGUUAUUUGUUUUACCAUGUUGUACUUAAAUAUUUACAUGUUUCUUAUUAAAAAAAAAAAACGCA